AUGCAACCUAUGGUCAUGCAGGGAUGCCCUUACACCCUCCCUCGAUGUCAUGAAUGGCGGGCAGGUGACCAGUUCCAUCACAGCAGCAGCCUCCGAAGCACCUGCCCCCAGCCUCAGGUUAGAGCUGCUGUUACCGCCCCUGCACCUCCUCAGGAUGGUGCAGGGGUUUCCUGCCUAAGCCCAAAGCUACUCAACGGGUCUGUUGGUGCCGCUGGACCCCUUGAAACACGAGCCAUGAAUCUGUGUUGGAAUGAAAUAAAAAAGAAGUCUCACAACCUCCGCGCUCGCCUAGAGGCUUUCUCAGACCACAGUGGAAAGCUUCAACUCCCUCUCCAAGAGAUUAUUGACUGGCUGAGCCAAAAGGAUGAGGAAUUGUCAGCUCAGCUGCCUCUGCAAGGGGAUGUGGCCCUGGUACAACAGGAGAAGGAGACCCACGCGGCCUUUAUGGAAGAUGUCAAGUCUCGGGGCCCCUAUAUCUACUCUGUGCUGGAGUCAGCUCAGGCCUUCCUGUCCCAGCACCCAUUUGAAGAAUUAGAGGAGCCUCAUUCUGAGAGCAAAGAUACUUCUCCCAGACAGAGGAUCCAGAACCUUAGCCGCUUUGUGUGGAAGCAGGCAACAGUGGCCAGUGAACUAUGGGAGAAGCUGACAGCCCGCUGUGUGGACCAGCACCGCCACAUUGAGCGCACUCUGGAGCAGUUGUUGGAGAUCCAAGGGGCAAUGGAGGAAUUAAGCAAUACUCUGACCCAGGCUGAGGGAGUCCGAGCCACUUGGGAGCCCAUUGGGGAUCUCUUCAUUGAUUCACUCCCUGAGCACAUCCAGGCUCUUAAGCUGUUCAAAGAAGAAUUCUCCCCCAUGAAAGAUGGAGUGAAAUUGGUGAAUGAUCUGGCCCAUCAACUUGCGAUUUCUGAUGUACACUUGUCAAUGGAGAAUUCCCGCGCCCUGGAGCAGAUCAAUAUUCGGUGGAAACAGCUACAGGUGUCAGUUGGCGAGAGGCUUACGCAGCUCCAAGAUGCCCACCGGGACUUUGGGCCUGGGUCACAGCACUUCCUCUCCUCCUCUGUGCAGGUUCCCUGGGAAAGAGCAAUUUCACCCAAUAAAGUUCCCUACUACAUCAACCACCAGGCUCAGACCACUUGCUGGGACCAUCCCAAGAUGACUGAGUUAUACCAAACCCUGGCUGAUCUGAACAACAUUAAGUUCUCAGCUUAUCGCACUGCCAUGAAGCUACGCAGAGUCCAGAAGGCACUGCGUUUGGAUCUGGUAACUUUAACCACAGCCCUGGAGAUCUUCAAUGAGCAUGAUCUGCAGGCCAGUGAGCAUGUGAUGGAUGUGGUGGAGGUCAUUCACUGCCUGACGGCCUUAUAUGAACGGCUGGAGGAGGAAAGAGGCAUCCUGGUCAAUGUGCCACUCUGUGUGGACAUGAGCCUCAACUGGCUCCUCAAUGUUUUUGAUAGUGGUCGCAGUGGAAAGAUGCGGGCAUUGUCCUUUAAGACUGGCAUUGCAUGCCUAUGUGGAACCGAAGUGAAGGAAAAAUUGCAGUACCUCUUCAGCCAAGUAGCCAACUCAGGCAGCCAGUGUGACCAGCGCCACCUCGGUGUCCUGCUUCAUGAGGCUAUUCAGGUGCCCCGUCAGCUGGGGGAAGUGGCAGCCUUUGGGGGCAGCAACGUGGAGCCCAGUGUCCGUAGUUGCUUCCGUUUUAGCACUGGGAAGCCAGUCAUUGAAGCUUCACAGUUCCUUGAGUGGGUCAACUUGGAGCCCCAGUCUAUGGUGUGGCUGGCUGUUCUGCAUCGGGUCACCAUUGCUGAACAAGUGAAGCAUCAGACCAAGUGCUCUAUCUGUAGGCAGUCCCCCAUCAAGGGCUUCAGGUACCGGAGUCUGAAACAGUUUAAUGUGGACAUCUGCCAGACCUGCUUCUUAACAGGCAGGGCCAGCAAAGGCAACAAGCUGCACUACCCCAUCAUGGAGUAUUACACCCCGACCACAUCCAGUGAGAACAUGAGAGACUUUGCCACCACCUUAAAGAACAAAUUCCGCUCAAAGCAUUAUUUCAGCAAACACCCUCAGCGAGGUUAUCUGCCUGUGCAAUCAGUGCUGGAGGCUGACUACAGUGAGACGCUGGCUUCUUCCCCGAUGUUGCCACACGCCGACACACACUCCCGCAUUGAACAUUUUGCCAGCAGGCUUGCUGAGAUGGAAAGUCAAAAUUGUUCCUUCUUUAAUGAUAGCCUGUCCCCAGAUGACAGCAUAGAUGAGGACCAGUACCUGCUACGGCACUCCAGUCCCAUUACAGACCGGGAGACAGCCUUUGGACAGCAGGCUCCGUGCAGCCUGGCCACAGAAAGCAAGGGGGAGCUAGAGAAGAUCCUGGCCCACUUAGAGGAUGAGAACCGGAUUCUCCAGGGAGAACUGAGGCGCCUGAAGUGGCAGCAUGAGGAGGCUGUUGAGGCCCCGACACUGGCUGAGGGCUCUGCUGAGGUAGCACAGGACCACUGCAAUGAGGAGCUUCUGGCUGAGGCCCGGAUCCUUCGCCAGCACAAGAGCCGCCUGGAGACACGCAUGCAGAUCCUUGAGGACCACAACAAGCAACUAGAGUCUCAGCUGCAGCGCUUAAGGGAGCUGCUCCUGCAGCCACCCACCGAAUCAGAUGGCAAUGGCUCUGCAGGCUCGUCCCUAGCUUCGUCUCCACAGCAAUCAGAGGGCAGUCACCCCCAGGAGAAGGGACAGACUACUCCAGAUACUGAGGUGGCAGAUGAUGUGGGGUCAAAGAGCCAAGAUGUCAGCCUGUGCUUAGAGGACAUCAUGGAGAAGCUCCGCCAUGCCUUUCCCAGUGUGCGAAGCUCUGAUGUGACUGCCAACACCCUGCUGGCCUCUUGAUGGAGCCAGAUCCCCAUCCUAUAAUCCAGUCUUCUCCUGGUUCUGGUCAAAGUCUUCCUUUAGCCUUCACCCAACCUUUCUAGUCCCUACCUGCAUCCUCAACCAGAGUUAUUUGGGCUCUGGGCAGCAGCAGGGAUCUGCUCGUAUGUGAAGUGGAUGCGUGAGGACUGGGGGAGGGAGAAGCACGAUUCCUCCAAUUAUAGAAAUGUGUCCUUUAAUCCUCAAGUUUGAGAUCAGUCCUGUAAGUAUGUCUCUGUUGUGGUCCAGGUAAAUGGCACUUGGAAGCCAUUCAGUUGGGGACAAGAAGCUGCCUUGCAGAGCUAAGCAGUACCCAUCAACCCCUUUCCCUUCUCUAUGGAAUUAUGGAGAUAAGGAAACCUAAUGACCCCAGGAUUCCAGCAUUAUGAAUCCA